AUGUUGCGUACCUUUCGCGUAGGACUGCGCGUAUCCAGGGCGAUUCGAGAAGCGGGACCGCGAUCAGGACGAGGAUGGAUUGGGAGAGCAGACAAAAGUCGGAGCUUCGCCGUGGGAGGAGUGAGGAGGCAGGUUGAGACGACUUCCCAGGCCAAGGAUGAAGUAACACAAGCAGAAGAGGCUGUACCCUCUCCGCAGCCCACACAUAGCACGACAAUAUCCAGCCAAUCCAACGCCUUUGCACAGACACUGCCGGUCGUCUGCCCAGGAUGUGGAGCCCUCAGCCAGACGGUGGUGCCCGAGUCCGCUGGCUUCUACACAGAGCGCAAAAAGCGACGGUUGAAGGUGCGGGAGGAGCAGGACACCAUAUUUGCUGAGGCGAUGGGAAGACUGGCCGGACAGGAAGGUGUGGUUCCAACUCCCAUCCCAGAAACGAUGGACGAAAACAAUGGCAGCAAUACCGUUCCUAUCUGCGAUCGAUGUCAUGCUUUGCGGUACCAGUCCAAGGGCACUUCAAUCCUCCAUCCCUCGAUGCAAUCGAUUCAGGCCAUAAUUGAGUCCAGCCCCCACACGUCGAAUCACAUUUACCAUGUCCUGGACGCCGCAGACUUUCCUCUCUCGCUGAUUCCAAAUCUGACCGAAGCCUUGAGGAUGCCCAAAUUGCGUACACAGAACCGCCGAUCAAAGACUCGUACCUACACGCAUGGUCGGCAAGCAGACGUCUCCUUCAUCAUCACUCGUGCCGAUCUACUKGCUCCCCAGAAGGAACAGGUCGACAGAUUGAUGCCCUACCUGCAGGAUGUACUACGAGAUGCGCUUGGCAGGACAGGGAGGAAUGUUCGUCUCGGGAGCCUACGGUGUGUCAGUGCAAAGCGCGGGUGGUGGACACCGCAUGUCAAACGGGAGAUUUGGGAGCGCGGCGGUGCAGGCUGGGUGGUGGGCAAAGUCAACGUGGGCAAGAGCGCCUUAUUCGAUGUCGUCUUCCCCAAAGGCGGAGAGGGCAAAAGUAAGCCUCUGCCCAUGCCCCGAGGUCUUGAUCCACAGACCCAGCGAGAACUUGACGAGGCCGCACAUAGAGCCAGGGAAGUCAUGAUGCCUGAAGGAGAACUCGAUGCCGUGAACCAUAGCACAGCAUCCGCUUCGUAUUCUCCUUCAGUGGAGCCGCAAAUAGAGCAGUUGUCACAGACUACCGAGACGAUCAGCGAGGACGAUGGCCUGGAAGAUGAAGACACCAAUCUCCUCCCUCCAGCGCAACCCGAGACUGCAUAUCCUACCAUGCCCCUCGUAUCUUCUUUACCUGGCACAACCGCUUCCCCCAUACGUAUCCCUUACGGUAAAGGACGUGGGGAGCUCAUCGAUCUUCCUGGGAUACAGCGAAGCUCUCUCGAGACCCACGUGCAGCCCGAACACCACUCUUCGCUUGUGAUGAAGAGUCGAGUCACGCCAGAGCAGAACGUACUCAAGCCAGGUCAAUCUCUACUUCUUGGAGGCAUCAUUCGGAUCAAACCUCAAUUGGCUGAAGGAGAGAAUCUCAUCUUCUUAGCUUACAACUUCACGCCAUUAAGACCACAUGUAACGGGCAACGACAAGGCGAUUGCUAUUCAGACAGGUCUCACUAAAGUGGAAGGACCGGAUGGCGAGCUGGUCGAAGGCCCGUACACCGGUACGGUAGAGAACAUAGGAACUGAAAAGGCCAAGGGACGUAUCAAGAGCGCUGGUGUAUUCAAACUGGAAUGGGAUGUGACAAAACGUCGAACCGGACCUUUGACAGACAGUACGGCAGGGAAGCAAAAGGCGGAGAAUUUACCGUUCGUUGUCUACAGUGCCGACAUUCUGAUCGAAGGCGUUGGAUGGGUGGAGCUCGCUUGUCAGGUGAGAAGUCGGAGACAAAGCUUGAUUCGGGACGCACUUGAUCAAGCCGAUCAGCAUGUGAGGCCAACGGUGGAGGUUUUCACUCCGAAGGGUAAAUUCAUAGCUGUUAGGAAGCCAAUGUGUGCUUGGCUAUUGGGUGGGCCGAAGAAGGUUGCGAAACAUUUGCAGAGACAGAGGCCGCGAAUGAGUAUGAGUAUGCAUAGAAGGAAAGAAGGUGGACGACUAGGUGGGAGGGCACCGGCUGGUGAAGGAAUGCCAGCUUGA